AAUGAGCAAUGGCUUUGGGUUUCUGUUCAAUCGCAUUCACUUCUUCCACCCCACAAAUUCCUUUUCCUUUCCCUUUCCUUUCCUCCCUCCCUCAAAAAAGCGCAUUUCCUUCUGUCAAAGCCAGUCCAUAAAUAUUAUUAUUUUAAGAAAAAAUCACAAGGAAAUGAAAGAAGAAAAGCACGCCAAAUCCAAUACAAUACAACGAUGAUGGAUGGCCGCAAGCUUUGAGACUCCGCCGGUGGCUUCAGAUUACGUUUCCUCUCUGUUUCUCUCCUCCCUCUCUCUCUCUCUACUUCGCCGCCGGCCUGCGACUUUUCCGUGCCUCCUUCCAUGGAAACUAUCAAUUGAUCCCCCUACCUUUUUAAAAAUAUAUGCUGGAAGUCGGAUCACGGCUCCCAAUUCCCGCAUCAUUUUUAAUUCCCCUUCCCAACAAAAAAUCCAGGAAUUCUUCGAAUUUCCCUCGAACCCCUCAAAUUUUGGCCAUCGCGCGUGAGAGAGAGAAAGAAAGGAAGAAAGCGGGUUCUCUGGAGGAAGGGGGGUUUUAGGCGGAUCGAAUUUCGAAUCCCAUGUUAAGAAAUUCCUUGAAGUUUAUUUCUUUCCUCCAUCUGGGUUGAUUCUGGCAAUUUGGUUCAUCGAUAGAUUUACAGGGGAAGGCAAAAAUGUUUUGUAGAAUGAUCCUUCUGCAUCCGAAGAAGAAGACCGGUUCGGUGCCGGUUUACUUGAAUGUUUACGAUUUGACUCCCAUGAAUGGCUACGCUUACUGGGUCGGCCUCGGCAUCUACCAUUCUGGCGUUCAAGUUCAUGGAGUUGAAUAUGGUUUUGGAGCUCAUGACCAUUCAACGACGGGGAUUUUUGAGGUUGAACCAAAGCAGUGCCCUGGUUUCACUUUCAGGAAAUCGAUACUCAUCGGAAGAACUGAUCUGGGUCCUAAGGAAGUUCGGUCGAUGAUGGAGAAAAUGGCACAAGAGUAUUCUGGGAAUACCUACCAUCUUAUCACCAAGAACUGCAAUCACUUCUGUAAUGAUGUGUGUCUCAAGUUAACUGGGAAAGCAAUCCCUAGCUGGGUCAACCGACUUGCUCGUUUAGGCUUCCUAUGCAACUGUGUCCUUCCAGCAGAGCUGAAUGGAGCUAAAGUCAGGCAAGUUAGGUCAGAAGACAGGUCGCAGCAGCAAGUAGAGAAGAAGAAGUUGAGGAGCCGUUCGAGUAGAUUUGUAUCCGCCACAACCGCACCAACUACAUUGACGAAAAACUGCUCGGGUUCCGAAAUCAGACGCCGUACUGGAAAGAUCCUAUGAGCUGAUGGUGUUGAUGCUCUUAACUAGAACUGGACAGGGCUGGUUUUCUCAAUUUCCAUGUUUAGGGUCUCACAGAGGUUUUUCACUGAAGUGAAUCCAAUCAACCUAUAGACAUGGAGGGGGGAAAAAGAACCCAGAUUUCUAAUGUUUAUCCUCACGCCGCGCUUUCUAAUGAUGUUCGGCGGGUUCUGGGAACUGCUGCUGUAGAAGUUUGUUUGUUGCAGCGUUUCUGAGGGGUUUUUUUUGGUUUCUUGUAUAAAUGGAAAAGAUACUUGUUCAUCUUUUUUGUUCAUCAGUUAAUUAUGACAAAGCCUCUCCUGAAACUAUGGUGAGUUGGUCUGCAUAAGUGAGGGGCCAAAAAGAAGGUUAGGAACGGCCUUUCUUUAAGAAAGGCAUUCUUAUCAGAAAAUAAAGUAGAAGGAAGUGGUUGGUUAAAAUUUGCAGGCAUUUUCGAUGCAUUAGAGAUUAGGCUCCUCCCUCCCACCAAUUAUAUAUUCUAUGCUGAGGAACAACUCGACUUUCUGUAGUGUUUGUGUGACCUGUUUGGUAUUCAUAUUGAGACAAACAAAAAUAGAAAGAAUAAUGUGAUAUGAUUAGUUAUGAGAAAAUG